ACACGCCUGUGUGUAAAAAGUAUUUAAAGUUAUAAACUUUUAAUAAUUUUUCAUUCAAUUCCGAACAUUCAGAGAUGAAUACUUUACUUUGGACUUUGGUGGGCUCAGCUCUGUGUAUUGUUUACACUGAACCAGUCUCGGCCGAUGUCCCGUGUUGUAAGAAAUGCCAGGGGGAAGGAGGAGUGUGCUCUACGAGUCAACCUUCUCCUGAAUACAUGCUGUCGAUGAAUGAAUCGAAAUGUAUUGGAACAUUCCAAGGAGCCCCGACCUACUGUGGUUACUGCUGGAAAAAACCUGAACUUGGACUUCCUUGCACGAAACGUGUGUGUGCAGAGGGAAAAGGAAUCUGUUCUCCAAUACAACCCCCAGGAAUAAUACCAGACGACGGGACGGAAGAUGGCCCUAACCCUCCUCCAACACCUGCAUAUUCACAGUACGGAUUUUGUGGCACAUCCUCCAAUGACUGCAAAUGCUGGGUUCAUUACACUUUUUUUAAACGAGAAUAGCUAGCUGCUACUCCCUAUUGGACAUUAUGUUAUAAAAAAGAUAUUUUUCUAAAUUUAUUCAAAUGCUUUUGUGUUUCAUUGGCUAAAUAAAAGAUAAUUCUGCAAUCAA